GCCCACACGAAAUGAAAUCGGGCCGUUACAGAACCGGAAGUUGAAUAGACGACACCACCGACCGAAUUCACUGCUCUCUUCUCCAAUUUCCAAUUUCCAAUUCGUUUGCUUCAUCAGCUCCCAAAUUCUCCCGCUGACCCCUAAGUUCUACAAAAUCCAUCAUCGUCGAUUGAGAUUCUUUAUGGGAAAGUGGAAUCAUCGAUCCAGACACCACCGUCGCAGGUCUCCUGAGCGGUGGUAUAGCGGACGUCAAUCUUCUUCUUCUUCAGUUUAUUGUGAAGACGAUGGGAUUCCAGUUUGGGAAAAGAGAUUCUGUGAAGUGAUUGGAUCAGUACCAUGGCAAAAAGUUGUUGAAGCUAAAGACUUUAAGAGCUGGUAUAAUGGUAAUGUUAUCACUUGGGAUGAUUCUGCUUGCGAAGACACUUUUCACAAUGAGAAGAAGCGGUUUUGGUCACAAGUUAAUGGUCUUCAUUGUGAUGUUUCUAUUCCUGAUCCUGAUCUUUACAUUAGUGAAGUAGAUUGGGAUACUUUUGUUGACCCGGAACUGAUUAGAGAUUUAGAAAAGGCUUACUUUGCUCCUCCUGAUGAUGUGAAUAUUGGUUUUAAACGGGGGCGUGGGGAUAAGAAUUGGAGUGGUUGUGACACAGUGCCUGAGGCUCGUAUGUUAGAAACUCCAUGGAAAAAUAGUGAUGACAUUAUUGAAACGGGGAAGAAAUCUAGUGGAUGGAACCUAACAGAGGGUAGUUCUUGGGAAGCUAAGCCUUGUUGUGUAAACGAGAAAGCAAAUGAUACAGCUUCAGGGGGUUGUUUGACGACUGAGGAAUGGAGGGAGAAUCAGUGGAUAGCCAAAGAUAGGGUUAAUGACAGUUGGGAGUACUCGGGCCAGGGAAAGGAUGAUGGAUGGGAUAAGUCAGGGCACCAAAACAAGAAAGUAAAAGGUUCUGAAGAGUAUAAAAAGAUCGACAAUCCUUGGGAAGCCCAGCCUAGUUGUAUAAAAGAGACAGCAAAAGAUACCACUUGGGGAGGUUGCUCUGGUGAGGGAUGGGAGGAUAGAGGUUGGAAUAAUGAUUCUUGGGGCAGUGGGGGAUGGGAUAACCGGGAUUUGGGAAAUCAAGGUAUGGAGAUGAAGGAGUGGCGUGGUAAAGGAUAUAGUCGAGAUUUUCGGGAGCCUAAGGGUUGUAAUCCAUGGAAAGGUGGGUUUGUGCCUGACAAUGUAGCUUUCAGAGAAUCUGGGGUAAAUGCAGGCGGUUGGCAAACAUGUAGAGGGAGUGAGACAAAGCAAAUAAAUUGGGAUGUGAAACGAGCCAGUGAUGGUUGGGGUAGGCAAAAUGACAAUGCAGCUUUGAGAGAAUAUGGGGCAAAUGCAGGUGAUUGGCAAAGACGUAGAGGGUGUGAGGGAAAUCAAAGAAACUGGGACGCAAAACGAACGGGUGAUGGUUGGGGUAGGCAAAAUAAGGAAAGAGUUGACUCAUAUGGCUACCAUUCUAACUACAAAAACUCAUGGCCUAGAAGAGAUGAUUAUCAGAACAGGAAGGUCAAUUUCUCAACUAAGUAAACCAAAUGAUCCAUUGUUUUUUGUUAUGUUUUUUUUUUUUUUGUGUUUGAAGUCUUAGCUUGUUAUGGUCUGUGCAGGCAGUGUAGUUUUAGCUUAGCCAUUGACUUCCAUGUUAACUCAAAAGGCAUGGUUUUGUGUUUCCACUUCAGAAUUAGCAUAUGUAGAGUAUAUAGGAGUACCCUUUUUGAUGAUAAUGUCUCAUACAUACUAAAGUAUUCAAGGUUUUUGCCUUUUGAGGCUGGAUUGAUAAUGAUUGUGUUCUUUGUGAAGAUGUUUUAUUCACACUUUUCUUAAUUGAUUCCAACUUCGAAAAGAAAGGCAUCUACACACAUGAAUACACUUAUGUUUUGGCUCAAUGCAUUCCUUAAA